CAACACUGGCGUCCGGGCGCUGCUACGGUACCAGUCGUGACUGCCCGACUGCUCGCCUUUCUACGGCUCACAGAUGUAAUUCGUCGCGUACCACCGACUGGAACCGUACAAUUCAUUGUCAUUUACUACCGGGUAACGGUUCGGACUCAUUCUUACUACCAUACUGUCAAAAUAUCAGCGACUUUCUUCGAAGUCACACGGCCAGCUAACGCGCGUUAGCAGGUUAGAUGUGCUUUUCAGUAUAUCAUCACCUCCAUUUUGUGAUUUAUAUCAUUAGUUUUCGAGCUCUAUACCUUAACAGGUAUUUGACUUGGCCUUGGAGGAAUCUAAAACAUUGACAUGUAGACACCUGUUUGACGGAUCAUUUCUCGGAGGAUCGCCGAAGUGAGUGCUGCUGAGUUGGCUAACUGAAAGGAGCAGCUCCUUAACUUAACCUAAAGUUUUUCUGGACUAAAAAGGACUCCCAUCUUUUUUUCUUAAAUACUGUCGGGGGCAAAUAGGACUCGAAGUUUUUCAUUACCUAUGCACAACGAUAUACAGACUUUCAUUUAUAGUUACGGACAAAUUAAGGACCCUCCUGAUUUUUGCCACCGGCCUAAUAAAGAAAAAUAAGUCAUCGGACUCGAUUUUGCACAUCUAUGCUGGGAACAUUUUUUUUUUCAUCAGCUAACGACUUCCGUUUAAGAUAUCUAUUUACGAUGCUGGUAUUCUGUCUGUAAUUCCCCAGAAAGAAACACCAGUUUAACUACAGAAAGUAAAAUAGGAAGUUGGGAUUCAAUGUCUAGAUCCAAACGGUCGUCGACUAUUUGAGAGCGAAUUUACAAACAUAUUUCAAGACGGUUAGUGUUUUUUUGACUCGUAAAGUAAGCAAACUAUGACUUAAUUUUCAAGACUCUAAACUGGUUUGUUAUCCUAAAGAGAGCUUGUGUAGGCUCUUUAAAAGUUGGACUUCUGACACUUUUCGUCGUGCUGUGCCGAUGUCCUCUUUGGUUGUCUCUUGAGCGCUGUGAACAAAUUCGUUUCAGAAAAUAAACUGUCAAAUCCAGUUUAGAAGAUGUCGACCAGGACACCGCUGUUACAAAUUGAUCAGUCUCACUCCGAGUCUAAGCCCACGGUGCGCUCUAACAUGCCCCACUCCACGGCGGAUGAGCAGCCACACAUCGGCUGCUACAGGCUUCUGAAAACCAUCGGCAAAGGCAACUUUGCCAAGGUCAAACUAGCAAAGCACAUCCUCACUGGAAAAGAGGUGGCAGUGAAAAUCAUAGACAAGACUCAGCUCAACUCCUCAAGUCUUCAAAAGCUAUUUCGGGAAGUGAUGAUCAUGAAGCUGUUGAAUCACCCAAAUAUUGUGAAGUUAUUUGAAGUGAUUGAGACAGAGAAGACCCUCUACUUGGUGAUGGAAUAUGCCAGUGGAGGUGAGGUGUUUGAUUACCUCGUAGCCCAUGGUAGAAUGAAAGAGAAAGAGGCCAGAGCCAAAUUUAGACAGAUUGUUUCGGCGGUGCAGUACUGUCAUCAAAAGUGCAUCGUCCACAGAGACCUUAAGGCGGAGAACCUACUCCUGGAUGCAGACAUGAACAUAAAAAUAGCUGAUUUUGGCUUUAGUAAUGAGUUCACACUGGGCAACAAACUAGAUACAUUUUGUGGCAGCCCUCCCUAUGCUGCCCCCGAGCUCUUUCAGGGCAAAAAGUAUGAUGGGCCGGAGGUGGACGUCUGGAGCCUGGGGGUUAUACUGUACACACUGGUCAGUGGUUCUUUGCCAUUUGAUGGACAGAACCUAAAGGAGCUGCGAGAACGGGUUUUGAGGGGCAAGUACAGAAUUCCCUUCUACAUGUCCACAGAUUGUGAGAAUUUACUGAAGAAAUUCCUUAUACUCAACCCAACCAAGAGAGGGAGCCUUGAGCAGCAGAUCAUGAAGGACAGGUGGAUGAAUGUGGGCCAUGAGGAUGAUGAGCUGAAGCCCUACAUCGAACCCCAACCUGACUACAAGGACCCUAAGAGGACAGGUCAGCACCCCAGCAGUGCGGGGGGUUGGAAGAGAGAUAUAAUGCUACGUAUGGGAUAUUCUCUAGAUGAGAUACAGGACUCCCUUAUCAACCAAAGAUACAAUGAUGUCAUGGCAACUUACUUAUUACUGGACUAUAGAAACUCUGAGCUGGAUGAGCUCUCAAUAAAGCCCCGCCUAGGCACUGACCUCACAAACAAUGCCCAAUCACCUUCUCACAAGGGACAACGUAGUUCCUCCAAUCUGAAGUCCCGCAGAUCAACAGACCAAAGUUCCUCCAAGCGUCCUCAGGGUGACAGUAAGCACAUUGCUGGUUCAGGCAGCUCCACUAAAGUCCCUCCCAGCCCACUGAUCUCCGGAGACCAUAAGAAGACUCCUACCCCUUCCACCAACAGCAUCCUCUCCUCAGGCACCAGCCGCAGCAGGAACUCUCCAAUCACCGAGAGAGCCACUCUGGGAGUACAGAAUGGCAAGGACAGCCUGAACACUCCAGGGUCCCGCUCAUCCACCGCCUCAGCAGCCACGGUCCUCGCCACCUCAUCCCGCACCCGCCACCACAAGUCCAUGUCCACCUCCUCCCAUCCAAGCCCCCCAGACAUCCACAUACAUCGCCCCAGCACAGCCCAGCAGAGAGUGCCAUUGGUGUCUCCCUCAGCACAGAACAUAAACAUUUCCUCAAUGGCAGACCGUACCAACUUCUCCAGAGGGGUGAUUAGCAGAAGCACUUUCCACGCAGGCCAACAGAGAGCCACACGAGACCAACAAGCCUCAGCAUACAAUGACCCCUCUGCCUCUCCUUCUCUUUCCCAUGGCAACAGCCAUGUGCGCCGUCCCGGAACAGGCAUCUUUAGCAAGUUUACUUCCAAAUUUGUACGCAGAAAUCUCUCAUUCAGAUUUCCCAGAAGGAGUCCGUAUGAGGGAGAGGGUCGAGAUGAGGCCAGCAGACCCAUGUUGAGCACAGCAGACAAGAUGGAGAAAGGUACCCAGGGGCUGCCAGUAGAUGAAAACAAGGACUCCUUUUCUUCCUCAUCUCCAGCGUCCAGCACUCCUUCGUCCACCCUGGCCUCCAAGGACACCAAGCCACGCUCCCUACGCUUCACCUGGAGCAUGAAGACCACAUCCUCCAUGGAGCCCAACGAAAUGAUGAAGGAGAUCCGGAAAGUUCUGGACUCCAACAGCUGCGAGUACGAAUUGCGCGAGCGCUUCAUGCUCCUAUGUGUUUCGGGCAACCCCACGCACGAUGACUUUGUCCAAUGGGAGAUGGAGGUGUGCAAGCUACCUCGCCUCUCGCUCAACGGGGUGCGCUUUAAAAGGAUCUCCGGCACCUCCAUUGCCUUCAAGAACAUUGCCUCUAAGAUCGCCAAUGAACUAAAACUGUGAGAACGAGGAUAUCAGUGGAAAAGGUGAGAUCUUAAGGAAUGUUUGCAGCCCAUAAAUUAGGAAUGAGGAGACACUGUGAAAAAAAUGAUUAGAGUUAUAAGCUCUAUGGCAGCAAUGAAUAGUCUAGAGGCUGUAAAGGGGGGAAAGUUAAGACAGGUUUAUGGGGGACAUUUGUGCAUAUAGACAUUUUCAGGGGGAUUAUUUUUGGGGGUGUUCUGUCUUGGUUUGGGUUUUCUGUUCCUUUAUCACCCCCUCCUCCCUACUUUGUGUUGUCAUCCUUUAUUUGUGGCAAUUUUGUUCAAGUUUUGUGGUUUUCCUUGGACCCCACAAUUGUCCUCAAUACUGAAAGAGUUAAAAGAGACAGUGACAAGAUGUUGAUGUUAAUAAACUGGAACCAAUUUCUAGUGGUUUUCUCUUCAAACCCCCCCACCCCAUCCAUCCCUUGUACAAACAAUGGUAAACCACCAUAUUACUUGAUCUUACUUUCAAUUCCAGGUAACCUGUGAUGAGCAGAGAGAGAGAGAGAUUGGCGGUGUGACACUGAAUGUACAACACAAAAUCGUGAAAUAUUCAAGUGGUUAAGCACAUUCAGUAGAGUCGUAAUUAAUAUUUUUAGUUUUUUGACGUUUCAUGCUCUGAUUGGUUCUGAUUCAGAAAAUAUGGUGUCUUAUUCUUAACCUCUGUCCCAUGUCUACAUCACAGUAGACAAUUACAGUGUGGUAUUUGAGCUGAAAUGGAAGUGUUGACUUGAUCCAUCAGUGCACUGGAGGUGAAUCACCUCUUGGCACUAUGCCCAGACAAUUAGUUUUUUGUUGUUGUUUGUUUUUUCCUCUGCUGCAGGGGUUAUAUAUCUGAAACUAAUUAAGGGCCAAUUAAGUAAUUAUUGGUGGAUUGUAGUGUAAUUAAGAUUUGCUGGUUGGAUCCAAUCUGCUGCACUGCUGGAGUCUGUUUUUUGUUGUCUUUCUCUGGAGAAGAUAAUUAUUAAUAUUAUAAUAUGAAUAAACCAGAAGUUGAAAGAUUUCUGUUGAAGUUUAUGAAAAAAUUUUUUUAUCAUUGCUGUUUUAUUCCCUUUUUGUUUAAUCUUUAAUUGAUUUAAAGAGCAUGCAAUACAUAUUAAACAUUUCCAAGCACACAGACUUGGGCAAAUCUGUAUAGUUAUUUAGCUGGCAACAAGAGAUAGCCAGGAGAAUUUACUGUUUUCACACAAAUGUUUUGUUUACAUGAUCAGAUACCAUUUUUGUAUACACUUUAUAAUAUUAUUAGGCCUAUCAUUAGGAACAUAGCUCAUGAUCUGAAUAAACAAAAGGUUUAAUCAUAAAGUGGUACACAUUUUAGUUGUAAUAUGUAAUGUACUAACAUGUCCGAAUGUUAUUGUAAAUAAUUUUUUUCUUGAGUAUCUUGCCAGGCUAAACGUGUUAUAUAUGUGUGUGUAUGCAUGUAUAUGUGUUUGUGUGUGUGUGUGUGUGUGUGUAUGUUUGUGUGAUUCAGAACCGGAACAUUUGCACUUUCCACUUUUUUCCACCCAGAAAUUGCAUGUAAAACACAUCAAGGGUUUUCUACAUGGUAGGAAAAACCACGACGCAGGUUUACCAGGCAACUGUAUUUCUAAUUUUAGCCUUUCUUAAAGGGAUGGUUCACCCCAAAAAAUUUUUAUUCUAUCAUAAUUUACUCACCCUCAUUCCAUCCCAGAUGUGUAUGACUGACUUCUGCUGAACACAAAAAAAUAUAAAAGAAUAUCUCUGCUCUGUAGGUACUUACGAUGCAAGUAAAUGGUGACCAGAACUCCUAAAGCUCAAAAAAGGGAUACAUUCAGCAUAAAAGUAAUACACAAGACUCCAGUGGUUUAAUCAUUGUCUUCUGAAGUGAUCCAGU